AGAAGAAAAAAUACCUGUCGCACUUUAGUGACGACAAUAUCAAUGACCGUGAGCAUUUAGGCUUGUUUAGAAGGAACGCAACGCGGAAGAUAUGAUGAAUUUGGCUGCAUUAUUGCACAGUUUAAGAUGCUCCUUGCUACACCUCCAGAAUAGACUCAUGCAGGGAGGAGGAAUAGAACGACAGCUGGUUCCAGCUCUAGCAGUUAAUGGACCUAGCCUGCUGCCUCAUAUCGAGGAGCAGCAACUAGAGGAGGGUCCGCGCUGGGAGCGACCCCCCGGUGUUCUGGACAGCAUAUUGUGGAUGGCCGCACCGAAGAAGAGGCGCACUAUCGAGGUCAACCGAACAAGGAGGAGGGCAGAGAGCAAACUUAUCAAAGUCAAGCUAAACAUUGAGCCAUGUCCAGAGUGCGGCCACUUGAAGCAGAAACACAUCCUGUGUGGCUUCUGUUAUGCUAAAGUGUGCAAGGAGACUGCUCUAAUCCGUCAUCAAAUUAAAGCAAUGGAGGGUGGUCCUCUCGGUGCCCCAACAGUGGAGACCGUUGUCUUGUACGCGGAUGAAACGCCGAGCGAGCAGGACAAAGACAAGAGAAUAGUGGAGAGACCCAGGAAGCGGCCAGCCUGGUUCAGCCAGUAAUGCUUGCGUAUUCUGGCUGUAUGGAGAACACGCCUUCAUUUUAAUGCACACUGACUGAUGUGCUAUUGUCUGUUGCUCUAUGAUUUGGCUUGCUAUGUUUCUGCAGGCACACAGUUUAGCAACAUUUGGUUUGCCUAUGCUGGAAUAUAUGUGUACAGCAGUGACUGAAUUAUUCUGUUUAAUAAAUUUAUAUUGUGGGGGGGGGCAAUAAAACCGUCAUUUGAACAUCCA